GAACAAAAUGUCACGUUUUCAUGUUAUUUUAACUGUGAGGGAUCAGCCUGAAUCAUGGUCUUAUAUUUUUCAGUUAUAUCUAUCUUAGUGUCGGCUGCUGAUCUUUUAAAGAGGGGAAGCUCAUUUUCGGCCUAAAUCAUAAAAAUUGUCCAUAUGUAAAUUCUGCCCUACGUUCCUUUUCAAGAAAAUGCUCUGUAACCCUGUCGUACCAACUAGGCGUCUUUUCCAGUGACUUGACCAGUGUCCUCUCAAUGGCCAGCAGAGCUAGGCUGCUUAAACGGCCUUGGGCCAUUGUGUUAUCGUUUGUUCAUUAAUUCAUAUAGUUCAUAUAUAGAAAAUGAGCUUCCCCUCUUUAAAAGAUCAGAAGCAACGGGAGGAAAUGUGGUAAUAAUGUUAAACUGAAACAAUGAAUGUGGUGUGAAAUUGUGUGAAAUAUACGAUGAAGGUUGCAGCAGUUUGUCUUUCGACUACACAUGCAAAAUCCGCGAUGGGACUGAGUUGGAAAUGGAGACACAGAGUGAUACGCGUCAUAAUCUGAAGACCACGCCCACGUCCACACCAAACGUCUCUUUGCAUUGUCUGUUCCAUCAUACCGCACAGUAAUGUUCAGUGAAGCCAUGAAUGAAGUUGAGGAGAAACAUCAGUGUCAGAAACCUCAGAAUCUUGUAACGCUAGAAAUGUCUUCUAGUAGUUUGCAGAAGAACAAGAUUUUCUCUCCAAUAAUGAAACAAAGAACAGAAGCAGAGGAGCCGUUCACCUGCUCUCAGUGUGGAAAGAGUUUCAAGCACAAAUCAACACUUGAGGGACACAUUAGAAUUCACACUGGAGAGCGUCCAUACACGUGUACUCAGUGUGAAAAGAGUUUUAAACGGAGAUCAACGCUUGAAGAGCACAUUAGAACUCACACUGGAGAGCGUCCAUACGCAUGUACUCAGUGUGAAAAGAGUUUUAAACAGAGAUCCACGCUUGAGAACCACAUUAGAACUCACCCUGAAGAGCGCAGAUAUGUAUGUCCUCAGUGUGGAAAGAGUUUCACACAGAAAAAUUAUCUUGUGGAGCACAUAAGAAUUCACACUGAAGAGCGCAGAUAUGUAUGUCCUCAGUGUGGAAAGAGUUUCACACAGAAAAAUUAUCUUGGGGAGCACAUUAGAAUUCACACUGGAGAGCGCCCAUACCCAUGUGUUCAUUGUGGAAAGAGAUUCAGACAGCAAAAUCAUCUAAAGGUGCACAUUAGAAUUCACACUGAAGAGCAAUCAUAUGCAUGUCCUCAGUGUGGAAAGAGUUUCAGAGAGAAAUCCACACUUGAGAGGCACAUGAUGAUUCACAGUGAAGAGCGCCCUUACCCAUGUCUUCAGUGUGGAAAGAGUUUUAAAGAGAGAUCAACGCUUGAAGUCCACAGGAGAAUUCACAAUGAAGAGCGUCCAUACACGUGUCCUCAAUGUGGAAAGAGAUUCAGACAGAAACCAACGAUUAAGGUCCACAUGAGAAUUCACACUGGAGAGCGCCGAUACACUUGUACUCAGUGUGAAAAGAGUUUCAGACAGAAAAAUCAUCUUGAUGUCCACAUCAGAGUUCACACUGGAGAGCGUCCUUACACAUGUCCUCAGUGUGGAAAGAGUUUCAAACAGAAAACACGUCUUGAGUUGCACAAGAAAGUUCACACCAGAGAGCGUCCAUGAACAUGUCUUCACCAUAAAAUGUGGAUUUGCUUUUAAAGAAACACUUCAUUGGAUAACUUAAAUUAGCCUAUAUUUUACUCACCAGGUGUAUUCAACUGUGGUGCGCUUAAAGAAGAAGGUCAAAGUUAUACUAAAUAAUAUCCUUGCUCUUCCCAGCUUGGUAAUGGUGGUGGAUGGCACUAUCCAAGAUGGCGCCGCAGAUGGCUUCCUCGGUUUGGAGCUCUCUAAUACUUAUGUCGUUUUUGUUCGUUUUUCUGUCUUGAGCCACUCUUCUUUGAUCACUUUAUAUUGUAUUGUCAUUGUGUUGAAUGUCUGUACUAGAAACUCAAAAAGUGCAUACAUCAAUCAUGCAACUAAUCCAAACGCCUCCAGACAGUAACACAUGUUUUCUGAAGUGGAUCGCAUUGGUUCAUGGAGGCUAUAAAUAGUUCAUGGAAGUAACUAGUAUCGCAUGGACCUGCGGCUGAACAGAACGAUUGUGACAAACUUUUAACUCAUUUAAAGACGCAAGUCAUUUAAUGAAUAAAAAAAUGAACGA